AUACUGUAUUACCAUUUUCAAGAUGGCUUGAUGGUUGGGCAUUGCACAUAUCUAUAUUUACGUUAGGAGUUGUACAUCUUGUAUUAACUACAAUGGAUAUGCCAGAGGAUUAUUAUGCUCAAGUCCCAUUCGAAACAGACGAGGUCCAUGGAGAGGACCCGUACGAAAAAGUCGGAAUUUCAUCUUUGUCAUCAGGAAUGCCAAUAUCUGGAUACGUUGAUUACUCGUAUGAGGUUGGUCGUAAAGGAAACAGUUCUGGGCAAUUUGGCGGCUGGAUCCAACAUUUCGCUGUCAGCGAUGACGGAACCAAACUAUAUGCUUGUGAUGUGUGGAAUAAGAGGAUACAGUUGAUAUCACUACCUGAUAGAAAAUCCCUUCAUUCGUUCGAGACCAAUAUCGCAGGCUUCAAUUUUCAAGCUCGUGGAAUUCACAUUCUGAGAAAUGGAGAUUUGUGUGUAAACUGUGUUGGAUAUAACGGAACUUCCAAAGUUGCCAUCUUUUCACCAGAAGGACAAACCAUCUCACAUUUUGGGCCCGGAGUUUUUGGUUCAACAAGCGCUAUGGCUGUAGACGAAAUGGACAGAAUAUCAGUUGUUGACAGACGUAAGAUGCGAGUGAUAACUUGCAGUAAAACUGGAAAAAUGGUCGACUCCUUUGAUCCUGGAAUCAAAGAUGAAAUUCUACGAAUCAGUGCAGACAGCAAAGGGCGUUUAAUAAUACCAGAUCAUCUUCAAAACGCCGUCUACGUUUUCGAGCACAACGGUCGCCCUAGCAACGCUAUUAAACCAUCCCCCGGUUGCGGUUACGACUUCAAAUAUCCGGCAGGUGUCGCGUGUGAUUCUCACGACAAUAUACUAGUAGCGGAUGUGGGGAACCACCGUGUUUCCCAGUUCACGUCUGAGGGGGUAUACAGAGCUUCUGUGCUCACGAAACGAGAUAACGGAAUGUGGCGUCCCCAUGACGUCGUCGCCACAAAAUCAGGAUCUUUACUUGUUAGUGAGGUGUCAGGCACAUACAUCAAAGUGUUUAACUUUAACUCCGCCGGUGUUCGUUACUAUGAUUGAAAAAUUUUUAUAACAUAAUAACAUUUUUUAUUUUGUUAAGCGUGUGGUAUUGAGAACACUUUUGGCGCUUGGAUAAGAAACGUUCGUCUAAAUAGUAUUAUUUUACGUUUUACUACGUUUAUAUUACACGAGUUGCUGCGUAUAUAAAUAAUAUGUAAGUAUAACCAUUGUGUAAUCAGGUACAUCAGAAAUAAACCAUUGUCGGAUUU